GCGCCCGCCAGAUUGAAGCGGGCGCGCGGAGCGGUGGUUGGUGCCGCGAUGGAGGCGCUCACCUUUCCCCGCUACAGCCCGGAUGAUAUCGUCGCUUAUCUCCGCAGCCACGUCUUGGUGGGAGCCGAAGCCCGCAACCUUACCAAGGCCGACCUGUUCGCCACCCUCAAGCCUGAAGUUUUGCACAUGAUUUUCAUAAGAAUUCUGCAGAAGGUGUAUGGGAUCCGUCUGGAGCAUUUCUACAUGAUGCCGGUCAACGUUGAUAUAGUGUACCCACAGAUAUUUGAAGGCUUUCUACCUGUUUGUAAUCUCUAUAUUCAUAUGGAGCGCUUCCUUCCAGUGUGCCGGGUUAAUGAUUUUCAAAUUUCUGAUGUUAUAAAUCCAAAGGCAAAGAGGACAGCUCGCUUCUUGAGUGGCAUUCUCAACUUUGUGCAUUUCAGAGAAUGCCGACGUGAGGCCUACUUGGAGCUGCAGCUGAGCUAUAAAUCUGCUAUGGAGAAACACCAACAACUGGAGACAGCAAAUCAGGAGUUAGAAAUGAAGCUGGAGAAGCUAAACACUGUUCCAGUUGAACAGCAAGCAGAGUUCAAGCAACUGUCAGAUGACAUUCAAGAACUGGAGCAACUUCUAAGCCAUGACUAUCGUCGGAAAACAGCAGCAUUGCAAGAAGUGAUUUCACAAAAGAAGUCAGAUAUUACAGAGAGGACCCGAAAACUGAAUGAACUUAAAGUGAUAAUGGCUACUUUGAAAGAAGAACAAGAGCAGCUGAAAUCAAAAAUUGUGGAGAGUCCAGAGGAAUUGAAGAAUUAUAAGGAACUAAUGAAGGAGACUGUUAAGAAACUCAAGAAAUCCAAGCAAGAGGUUAUUGAGAAAUACGAAGGUUAUCGAGACCUGGUUGAAGUUCUGCCAUCGUGCCAAUUGGAGGUGCAGUUAUAUCAGAAGAAGAUGGAAAGACAGGCAGCAAAUGUGGAACGACUGGCCACUGUAUUAUCAGAGGUCAGGAAUCUGGAAGACCAGCUUGAGAGCGCUCAAAUCGAGCUGAAGAAAGGGAAGACGGAUGAAAUGUCCCUGAAGAGACUGGUCACUGCAAAACAUGAGAGGCUGUCUACAGCUGAAAUAAGGAUAAAAAAGAAGCGUGAAGAUGUUGAGCAAUAUAAGCACACUGUAUUUGAGUAUUUUAACAGAGUUCAGGAGAAGAGGGGUGCUGUAUAUGAUAAAGUGACAGCGAUUCAGAAGGAAAUCCAGCAGACGAGGUUCAAAAUCCAGCAACUGAAUGAGAAUGCUGAAAAAGAGGAAACGAAAGCUAAAGUGAGUUGUGUAGGGUUUAUUUAUUUGUUUAUCUUCUAAAGGAAAUUGUUUGGU